GUGUCAACAAACCUCGACCCUAAAACUUCAACCUGAGUUAACUGUUACCAAGAUAUUCUUCAUUACAACACAAAAGGAGGCGUAAUAACCAGCUAACGUGCAGAGAUUUUCGUGCAGAGUAUAUACUGUAUAUAGAUCUUUAGCAAUGGGACUGUUAGAGACAGAGCUGGCAGAAUUGAAGCAGUGUGUUCCUCGAGUUAUUGCUGACAGUACAGUUGAAGCUUGUGUCCCUGCUAUGGUUCGCAUUAAAAUUGAGAAGACUAAGUACAAGCAGCUGGUUGCGUGCUUCCAGUUCUCACCCGACUAUCCAACAACUCGAGCGUUGAUAGAGCUGAAGAGCCGAUACAUCUCCCCUAAACUGUUAGAUGGUCUUACUAGGCUUUGUGAGAAUGAGGCUGACAAGUACUUAGGGAAACCACAGGUGCUCCAAGUUUUAAGAUUCGUCCGCAACUUUGUUGAAGAAAGUCCUCUUUGUUGUUGUUCAGAAGAAAUUUCCACCAUAAAGAAGAAACUGAUCGCUGGUUCAGAUGAGUUAAAGUUACGUCAGAAAACAUCUUCGGUGGUGCUCAAGGUGAAACAAGGUCAAUACUUCAUUAAGUACAACUUGACAGUACCAGAAAAUUAUCCUGACAAGCAGAUUGGUAUUGAAGAGAAGGAGUGCAAUUACCCACCAGUGUUUCAACGCUGGUUUACAGCCCAGGCUGUAGAAAUUGCUCGCCGCUGCGUUGAACCCCCUGCAAAAAGGAGACCCAAGGAUCCUCCUUUUGUACUGAAACCCUCAAUGGAACCUGUAGUGUCUUUCUUAAUUGAUGAAGCCCAUAAAUAUGUUGACUUAGACUGUAAAUUUUGUGGCAAGAAAACAUUGCCUGAUGACCCAAAGAAUAUAGUGUGUGAUGAAUCAGCAGAGAUGCACAUAGAGCGUAUAUACUGCGGCCACGUAUACCACAACAAAUGCCUUGAUACAUUUAUCAAAAGCCCACCUUUCCAAAAAGGCAAGAAUUGCCACACAUGUGGGGCAAGGAUUUAUCACGAUAAAUGGAAAUUGACCUCUGAGACAGUUGAGGCCAGAUGGGCACACAAGCAAGCUAAACAGAGAGAGCUGGAUGAAGUUGUUGAUUUUCUUAGCUAAUAUUUACAAUGUGAUGAAAUUUUGUAGUUAGCAUUUAUAUAUAAAGUAAACUUUUGGUUAGAUAUGCAGUAAAUUUCGUCAGAUCCACUGGUUUAGGCUGCUACAUACCCCACAGAUUGUAAAUACUGUAUUGCAAAUUAGAAAUAAUUAGGACCUGUGGGAAAUAUGGGUUUAUGUUAUUGGUCCUGAAUUAUUACCCUAAAAUUAAUACUGUAUACUGUACUUCUUUCCAAAAUUGGCUUUCCACAUGAUAUGUAACAUAAACAUGGAAAAUAUUUAUUUAAGAAAUACGUAGGUAAAAAAAAUUUAACAAAAUUAUAGGUGUUGUGACAGAAGACAUGCUUCCUGAGCUGUGAGAGGCAACAUUAACCUAACCAUAACAAACCUUCCAUGGGUGGAUGAGCUAAGUGAUCAAAACAACACCUUUGUAUACUUGUCUGAAAGAGAUAGGCUUUCCUUAUCUCCAUCUCUAUUCUUUAUUUCCACCUCAGAGAACAAGUUAGAGAAGAUUGAGGAGGGAAAUAGAAAGAGAGAAAGGGAGAGGUCUUCUACUACCUCUCUCUCUCUCUCUUUCUCUCUCAUUCAUGUAUGGAAGUGGGAAGAGAGCGUCAGAAUAUUAUGUUGAAGGUGAUUUUAUGUUCCUGGGGUCAUUCUAUUUGUUGUAUAAUUAUAUUUAAUACAUUUCUUUUUAUAAUAGCACACUGAAAUAUUUGGAUUUUCCUUCAAAAGCGAAUUAAAGAAUCACAAAAAUUGGAUGAAAGAUAAAAAAAAAGGGAAGUAAACAUGAAGCCAUGAUUAGUGUGGUAGACACUUAUGAUUGUGGAGUGUCUGGGGAAAGUGUACAGUAUAGGGGUGGCAGAGGUACAGUCUGGGCCAGGAAUUCGUGAUACAGUCGGCCGCUGGGUGAACAGGUUGUUCUGCCCUUACUUGAUAGCAAGUCACUGUGCCAAACCUCCCCACCAAAAUAUUAUAUAUUAUAUGGUUUAUUUCAUUCAGUAAACAUGAUAUUAGCAUCACACUUAAUCUUCACAGUGUAGAUUAAUAUAACCCUUUCCUUUUCUAUUUCUAAUUUCUCUAUUCUUUUUUUCACCCUCUAGGCCCUGAUGUGGGUCGUUGACCUGUGCCCGGGUGGGCCAAUCCCCGUAAAAAAAAAUAAUAAACAUUAGUAGUGUCGUCAGCUCAUAUUAAUAAAUAGUUAUACAGUAGAAUGUCGAUUUAAAGCGAUUCAAAUAAAGAUUAUUGAUUUAAAGCGACGCCCAAAAUUAAGGACAAUGCUUAAAUUUAAAGCGAAUCUUUCCUAUUUUGCGCGAGUCAAUUUGGCGCAUCAUAUUUUCAAAUUUGCGCCUAAUGUUUCUCUGGGCACGCUACACUGUC